GGUGUUAGGACCCAGCUUGUGCCCUGGCAGCCCUUGCCCGUCUCAGCGCUGCCGCAGUCACAUUUCAUAGCGGAGAUAGCGGAGACAGCGGGCAGACACGGCGCUCCACCGCUGCGGGCAUCCAGCAGGAAUUACACGCCUUUCUCUGAGCAAAAAAAAAAAAAAAAAAAACACAACAAAAACGACAGCAGCUCGAAGCGGCAUGCAGGUGAUCCGCAGACAGGGGCAGCGGGAGAGGGAGAAGACUGAGCCGCAGACAAAGCGAACGGCGUGACGCAGAAGUGUGAAGACCCGACACGGAAACCUGAAUUAACUGUGAAUUUAUUCCGCUCCAGAACCCCAUCCUGGAUCCACUAAGCAACACAAUCAACAGCAGUCUUCACUAUAGCACAGGUCCGCGGGUGUGAUGGAUCGCCGCGGUGCCGCGUGGUUUAUGCGGCGGCGUGCGCGGCGCGGGUGCCUCUGUAUGAGCGUCCUGUUCUUCAGCCUCGGGCUGCUCUACGUGUUCUGCGCCGAGAACAGCGCCGCCGCCACGGCCGCCAUCUUCGGACAGCAAGCCGCCCGCAAGUCCCUCCUCUCGGGCUCUCAGCGCAGGGGCCACCGGCACGGGGUGGAGAAGGUCCUCCGGGAGGCUGGACCGGGCAAGCAAGCACCAGCCAUACCCCCGGGGCCGGUGGGCUUCACCCGGAACAGCACCAAGGCAGACGGCGACGCCCGGGUUAACGGCAGUGGCAAAGCAGAGAGGCGGGGGGAAGCGGGCGGAGUUUCUGUGGCGUUGAAGCCCAGCCGCCCCCCGCCUCUCCCCGGCGCUGGAGGUUCCGGAGCCGGUACCAGAGCCAGGCAGAGUCGGGGGUUCUUCCAGAGGCUUUGGGAGAGGCUGUGGUGGUGGGACGUCCGGAGCAGGCAGGAUUUUUUGGGACUCCAGUCCAGCCAGGGGGAGGUGUGGGACGAGGACAUGUCCACAGCCAUGCUGAGCAAGAGACUGAAGAAAGUGUUUAACAAUUACCAGGCAAUGAACAAGUAUGACGUUCACUACGAGCCUCGCCGCGGCCGCAGGCUGACCGGGCCGGAGCUCCUCUGCCAGCUGAAGGCCCGGGUACAGCCGGACACGCUGACCAGAGACAUGCAGCCCUUCAGCAGCCAGGCCUGGAGGGACCAGCUCCCCUCACACAGCCUCUCCGCACACCUGGGAGCCCUGAACUCCUGCGCAGUGGUGACCUCCGCAGGGUCCCUGCACAGAGCAGCGCUGGGCAAGGAGAUCGACUCCCAUGAUGCAGUUCUGCGCUUCAACGCGGCCCCCACUGCGGGGUACGAGAAUGACGUGGGAUCGAAGACCACCCUCCGACUCAUCAACUCGCAGGUGGGGGGGCCAGGGGGGGGGGGGGCAGGGGGGGGACACAAGUUCCUGAGUAGCUCCCUGUACAGCACUGGGCUGCUGGUGGCCUGGGACCCAGCACCCUACUCAGCCGACCUCCGUGAGUGGUAUAACCGCACAGACUACCCCAUCUUCCAGCAGUAUGUGCAGUACCGCCUCCAGCACCCUGCCCAGCCCUUCUACAUCCUGCACCCCCGCUUUGAGUGGCAGCUGUGGGAGCAAAUCCAGGACAACAUGGCAGAGUCCAUCCAGAGGAACCCGCCCUCCUCUGGAAUGCUCGGCACGGUCCUGAUGAUGUCACUGUGUGACACGGUGCACGUUUACGAGUACCUGCCCUCCAAGCGCAAGACGAAGCUGUGCCACUACUACCAGCGUUUCCACGACGACGCCUGCACGCUGGGCGCCUACCACCCUCUGCUGUACGAGAAGAACCUGGUGAAGAGGAUGAACCAGGGCAGCGACCGCGACAUCUACACCCUGGGGAGAGUCACCCUGCCCGGGUUCAGGAGCCUCAACUGCACCCUGGGGAGGGACUAGAGCCAUCUACCCCAGCAUAGAGUCACCCAGCCGGGCUUAAACACCUCAUACUGCACCCGGGGGGAGACUAGAGCCAUCUACCCCAGCAUAGAGUCACCCAGCCUGGCUUAAACACCUCAUACUGCACCCGGGGGGAGACUAGAGCCAUCUACCCCAGCACAGAGUCACCCAGCCGGGCUUAAACACCUCAUACUGCACCCGGGGGGAGACUAGAGCCAUCUACCCCAGCAUAGAGUCACCCAGCCUGGUUUUACUUCCCUCAUCUGCACCCAGGAGGGUAAACUCAAAGAAUCAGGGGCCAGACAUUCUCCAGCGAUCUCAUCACUCCCCUCAAAUGUUGAAGAAAAAAAAAAAGAGAGAGAGAACUGGAAUAUUUGGAGCCCCUCAGGAGAGCUUCUUCUAGACUCGCUGCCCCAGGAUCCGCGGUUAUUGUUUCUGCUGUUGCUGGUAUUUUCAUUUUUAAUUAAUGUUGUGUGUGUUUGUGUGUGUGUCUCGGUGUGUGUGUGUGUGUGUGUGUGUGUGUUGUCAGUGUGUGUGUGUCUCGGUGUGUGUGUGUGUCUCGGUGUGUGUGUGUCUCGGUGUGUGUGUGUGUGUCAGUGUGUGUGUCUCUCGGUGUGUGUGUGUCUCGGUGUGUGUGUGUGUGUCUCGGUGUGUGUGUGUGUGUCUCGGUGUGUGUGUGUCUCUCGGUGUGUGUGUCAGUGUGUGUGUGUCUCGGUGUGUGUGUGUCUCUCGGUGUGUGUGUCAGUGUGUGUGUGUCUCGGUGUGUGUGUGUCUCUCGGUGUGUGUGUCAGUGUGUGUGUGUCUCGGUGUGUGUGUGUCUUGUUGUGUGUGUGUGUCUCGGUGUGUGUGUGUCUCGGUUAACAGAAUAAUAAUGCAUUAUUAAACUAAUGUGAAUAUGAUUAUCACAGAUUCAGUCUGUGCGAUUCAUCUUGUACAGUAUAGAAAUACUUUGCCAAAUCCAGAUGGAACAUUUUUUUAAUUUUUUUUUUUUGUAAUACGAGUUAUUAAAACUGGACACCCUGUAAAGAUCACCCGUGUAAAAAAAACAAUAAAACCACAUUAUCCAGUUA